AUCUAUUUACACAAACAUUCUUGUCUUAUUUAUUUGGAAAAUUCAAACCUUACAGACAAUGGACGAAAAGCAGCUGGUUAAGCUGGACUGUCGAAUUUGUGAUAAGCCAAUUGGAAAACAAGGAGUAUACUUCCACAAUGAAGCUGCUGGUACUACUCAGACUUUUGCUGAGAUUUAUCUCAACUUAUUUGGAAUUGAACCGAAAGAUGGACCUCAAGAUUUAUGUUGGAACUGCUCCAAAGUUCUGAUUUCCACAUUUCAAUUGAGAAAGAGGAUCAAGGAAAAUGAAAAAAUACUCAUGACUUUGAAUGGCAGAGAUUCGAGUGGGUCUAUUAGUGCGGACCAAAAAGUGAUUAAUUUCUCUAAAGUGAAAACGGAAAAGGACAACGAAAAAGAAGUAGAUCCAAUGAUUGAAUCAGUCGUAGUAAAAAUUGAGCCAUCUGUACAGCUUGAAAUGGAGGUGUCGGAUGACGAGUGUUCGAGUGAUGACGAACCCUUACAAAAGUUUGCAUCAAAGAAAAAAGGGAAGGGAACUCCUAGACCUAAACGUGUUGAAGAUUUUACAAUUGAAUGUCCAUUGUGCGACUUCAAGAGCAACGUUAAGGAUACAUAUCAGAAACACGUCUAUCGAGUUCAUAAUAGGCAGGAAAUGAAGUGCGAUGGAUGUGAAGAGAGUUUUCAUUUGAUCUACCUGCUGCACCAACAUCGUGAAGUCGAGCAUAAUUUUACGCAUGAAUAUCAAGUCGUCACUAAGCCAAUGCCAGAAACCAAUAAAAGCGGUCAUGGAGAUGAAGAAGAAGAAACCAUCCAUUGUCCACUUUGUGAUUAUCAAAGUAACGUCAAGAACAACUACCAGAAGCACGUUAUUCGUACACACAAUAGGCAGGAAAUGAAAUGUGAGGAGUGCGAUGAGAAACAUCACCUGAUUUACAUACUCGAGGAACAUAGGCGGGAGAAACAUGGAUUAACAAGCCCAUAUGUAGCUGAUGAGUCUUUAAAAUUGAAAACGUUCGAUAAAAGAUUUGGAAGUUUCAAAAGACGCUCGAAUGGCGAGUGUAUGGGCGAAAAUGAGGACACUUCCGGGAAGAACUAUCCUUGUCCUCUUUGCUCGUAUUGCAGCAACAGAGUUACGCGUUUUUCCGACCACUACAAAAAUAUGCAUGAUAAUAUAGAAAUGACUUGUGAUGGAUGCUCAGCAAAAUUCCAUCUUUAUUAUCGGCUAUUAGAGCACCGUAAACUUGACCACAACUUUGAUCAUGAAUAUAUUGUUCCCGAGUCCAUUAUUCUCGAGGAUAAAAAUCGGAAGGAACAGCGCCGUAUCGAGAAAGGUCAACAUUUUCCGUGUCCAGAAUGUGAUCGUUGGUUCACCGAAAGACGGAAUGUGGCGAAGCAUCUUCGAGUAGUUCACAAAUAUAUGGAAUACAAAACGGCAGAUCUCAAGAUGAAAACUAUAGAAGGUCUGGACCCCAACUUAUUUGCAAAGAAAAAAUAUGUCUAUCCAAAAGUGGUGUGUAGUUUCUGUGGAAAGUUAUAUCCAAAUAGCUCAUUGGAAAACCACAUUCGAAAUCGUCAUCCGGAACAACGGGAUCCUUAUGUUUGUGAUCAUUGUGAUCACAAAGCAAAGACAAAAACACUCUUGCUGGUGCACAUGUUCAAAAUACAUAAUUUUGAGGUGAGACUAUCAGAGCAUCACAAAGCAAAGGCAAAGUCAUCUGCAAAACGACAAACUGACAGUAAUGUCAUUAAAACACCUCAAGGCACAACCGAAUAUCUCUGCAGAUAUUGUCCAGAAAGAUACCCCUUCAGAGUUAGUAGAAAGCGUCAUGAAGUCUCUACACACACAUUUGAUUGGCCAUAUAGCUGUGAAUUGUGCGAUAAGAAAUUUAUUUUACAAUUUGAGCUGAAAAAACACUUACAUCGACACAUGGAAGGCAAAAGAUUAAGUUGUUCGAGAUGCCAGACUUGCGGACAAAACUUUACUAAGAAAAAAUUGCUAGAAAAACAUCAAUGUCCAAAUGCAGCGUAUCCUGACUCAUUGCCAGAACAUUUACAACAAUUUGCAGCGUUUCGGUAAUUUUAAAUUUUAGUCCCCAAUAGAACCUAAAUAUAAUGAUAA